CUGAGGACCGGCCUUCGGAAAGGGUGUCGUUCAAAUUGACGUAAUUUUCUGUAAAGAAAAUGAACAAACAGAAGGCAAACAAAACCAAAAGUAAAGGUCCUGCAGAUAAUGUAGUGAAAAGUGCAUCUAAUAUUGGACAGACAGACAAAGAACUAUGUGCAGUGCUUAUCGCAGACCUUCUUUCCUAUCGCUUUGAACCUCUAAGUGACUACAUUCCUCCUUGUCUACUCCCACUGAGUAAUGUUCCUCUGUUACAUAUGACUUUAUCUUCUCUCGCAUCGGAUGGUUUCAGGAAUAUCUUAAUAUAUUCUUUGAAAAGCUAUAAAAACAUUCAAACGUACAUAAACCAAACUGUUUCAAGUAAUUGUUUCCCUGGAUUGAAGAUUUUUGUACGAAAUAUGGAAAAAUGUAAUAAUCUAGGUGAUAUUAUGCGCGAUCUUGAGUCAAGUGAAUUUCUUUGUGGAGUCUCAGAUUUUCUGCUUGCUCCCGCUGACCUGAUUUGCGGUGUUUCUCUGGCAAACUUUGUGCGUAAACACAAGGAACAACGUGAAAAAACACCUAGUGCUAUACUCACUCUUUUACUACCCCCUAUAACCAAAGCGAUAAGUUCAGUACAAGCUUCCGAAUUCAAAGUUAACGUUAUAUUUUCACGGACAAACAAUAAUCGUUUGAUAAAUUUUUUUCGGGAGUUUCAUCGUGAUCAUUCUCCGGUGUUGCUCAGCGACUUGAUGAAACCCGGCGAAGUUAUCGAAUCUUCUCAGUUAAUGGAUAUUCAACUGGCUAUUUGCAGUAACCAUAUACCACCGUUGUUUCAAGAUAACUUUGAUUAUGAAACUAUGGAUGAUCUUGUAAAUGGAGUAUUAACGAAUGAAGAAAUUAUGGAAUAUACUAUACAUGUUGAACGUUUACCAGAAGGACCCUUUGUGCUUCAGGCUGCUCCUGAUCUUAGUAGUUUGAUAGACUUAAACUUUCAACUUCUAUCUCGACAAGGUGGAUCUCAUUUGUCAUUGCCACCCUUAUAUGCCAAUCUAUCAGCUUCCGAAAUCAUAGCAAUCGGUCCACAAGUUUUUGCAGCUAAGUCAGCGAAAGUUCAUCAUAAAGCUAGAAUAAUCGGAGCGUGCUUUAUUGGACCUGGAUGUGAAAUAUCGGCAUAUGCUUGCUUAAUCGACUGUGCUCUUGGAGACAAUUGUUUUGUUGGUGAAAAUGCACGAUUAAGACGUGUUAUCGCUUUGGAAAACGUUCAUAUAGCUAGUAAUGUGAAGGCGGACGUAGCUUGGUUGUGUUCUGGUGUUCGCAUACUUUCUGGAUUUAAACUUCCUAACCACUGUUUUAUAGGCCCUUCAUCAACAACAGCUGUAACAUUGGGUCCAGGAUGUGGUAACUUGCCAAGUAAGAGCGUUUUGGUUGCGCCUCGUGCAGGUGAUUUAGUUAUAGACCCUUCAGUCGGUGGUGAACAAGUCUGGGCAGCCUACUAUAAAAAAAGACAACCUUCAGGAACAAGUGAUUCCGUGGAUACUCUUUCUGAGGAGGAUACACAAUCUGAGCAAGUAUAUAUGUCAAACAAUGAGUCUACAAGUUGCCCUUUAUGGGAUACAGCUUGGGACAGAAUUAAAAAUGCAGCUAAAACACUACGGCAGAGAACAAACCAUAUGUCUAGCCAUAGUCGAACUAGUGAUAUACGUUGUAGCAAGUCCAGCAAACCUCGCCGUAUGGUAAGUGAGAUAGAUGAUAGUGAUGGAGAUAUGGAACAUCAAUCUAAAGAUCUGUCGAAAACUGAGAGUGAUGGCGACGAUGAACAGUCAGAAAGCUUCAUAAUUACUGAGUUAAAACGAACUUUGGAACGUGGCGAACGACGUAUGUAUCCUCCUGAAACACUAAUACUUGAAGUUAAUUCUUUAAAACAUGCUUAUAAUGUACCUAUUGAAGAUUUUGGAUUCUUACUGGCAAAAGCUUUACUGGAAUUAACUCGUGAGCACUCAUCUUUUAAAUCACAGAAUGAAUGCAGUAAAGCUGAUGUAACAGAACUCAUAGUGAAUCUUCGUAAACUUCUAUCAAAAUUUUAUACUGUCCUGUCGUCAUGUGUGUCAGGAUUUUCAAAUACUGGCCGAGUCUAUCUUCAAGCUGUUGAGGAUGCAGCAUGCUACGAUUCACUAAUAUUUGCUUCUUCAAUGUCUAUUAUUCACACUCUGUAUGAUAAUGAUCUAGUUUUAGAAGACGAUAUAUGGUGGUGGAAAGAUAAUUCGCCACUUUUGCUUGAUGAAGAUAUUUCAGAGAAAACUCGAUCAUUAAGAGAAAAAAUCAAACCUUUCUUAGAUUGGCUUGAACAGGCGGAAGAAGAUGAUGACGAUGAUAGAUAAUGACAUGCUUAUAACUUUGUACAAUAAUUUUCUUUUGUAUUAUUUACGGUUUAUGUAUGAUAAAAACAAAAAAAUGUGGAACAGAUAUGAUUUAAACCUUUGACAUUCCAUAUGCACAUUAUCAUAUUUACUGACUUUAACUUCGAUAUCACCUGUCGAAAUAUCUGGGAUGACAGGAGUACCUUGGUGUAUAGAUAAUUUCUUUGGUAGGCGAGAUGUGACUUACAGGAAAUCUGCUUUAUUAAAACAUAUACAGGAUUGUCUGUAUGAAUUUAACCAUCUGAAUAAACAUCAGUAGCAGCCGUCGCCGCUUUGUUGAUAACCUAUCUACGUUGACCUAGACACUUAUGAUCUUCACUUCAGGACGACAGCGUUUAACGUGACAUCAGUGAAAAACAAACUAUUAUCGAUUACUUAUGAAGUUUCACUGAAAAUUUUUGAUCAUAUCAAAGCAUUUGUUUAAAUUCCUGUCCCACUGAAGCGCCUGUUGUAUAUAUAUAUAUGCUGGUGCUUGGUUAGACUGUACAAUGAAAACUGUACCCCCUCGUAACAACAGCAUUCCCUCCUAAUUACAUUCUGUAACUACGACCAAAUAUGUACCUUUAAUUUAUAUAAGCUUUUUAUAAGCCAAUACGUUUUAUUAAUAGGGUAAAAUUGGUUUGUUUUUUCCAAAAUUUGUU